CACGCUUUACGGCCCGGCACGCCGCUUUUGCUGCAGUUGCUCCGGGCGCUGCUGUUGCUACAGCCUCUCCUACCGGGGCUGCAGCCCGGGAGGUGAAGGGAGGUGAAGUGUGUUGUGUUCGUGCUGCCGUCGCCUCCCGGAACGGAGUGGAGAUCCGGACGUCCGCGGGCUGGCGAGAGCCGCCAGUCAGCAGCUGCGUGCUCUCCUCAGGCCGGGUCCUGUCUGCGCUGCCGCAGGGAGGCCGCCCGGCCCCGCGAACCGAACCAAUGCUGGACCUGGAGGUGGUGCCUGAACGCUCUCUGGGGAACGAGCAAUGGGAAUUCACGCUGGGAAUGCCUCUGGCUCAGGCAGUAGCCAUUCUUCAGAAGCACUGUCGCAUCAUCAAAAAUGUCCAGGUUCUCUACAGUGAGCAGUCUCCUCUAAGCCAUGACCUCAUCCUUAACCUGACUCAGGACGGGAUCAAACUACUGUUUGAUGCUUUCAAUCAGAGACUUAAGGUGAUUGAAGUUUAUGACUUGACAAAAGUAAAGUUAAAGUAUUGUGGAGUACAUUUUAACUCUCAGGCCAUCGCUCCUACCAUUGAGCAAAUUGACCAGUCUUUUGGCGCAACCCAUCCUGGAGUGUACAACUCUGCUGAGCAGCUCUUCCACCUCAACUUCCGAGGACUGUCUUUCUCUUUUCAGUUAGACUCAUGGACGGAGGCUCCCAAGUAUGAGCCCAAUUUUGCCCAUGGUCUAGCUUCUCUUCAGAUACCCCAUGGAGCAACUGUAAAACGAAUGUACAUCUAUAGUGGAAACAGCCUCCAGGAUACCAAGGCUCCUGUGAUGCCCCUGAGCUGUUUCCUGGGAAAUGUAUAUGCUGAAAGUGUAGAUGUUCUUCGAGAUGAAACUGGACCCUCAGGGUUGCGACUUCGUUUGCUCGCUGCAGGUUGUGGACCCGGAGUAUUAGCAGAUGCCAAAAUGAGAGUAUUUGAGCGUGCAGUGUAUUUUGGUGAUUCUUGCCAAGAUGUUCUGAGCAUGCUUGGCUCUCCACACAAAGUCUUCUAUAAGUCUGAAGACAAGAUGAAAAUUCACUCUCCUUCCCCUCAUAAACAAGUUCCAUCCAAGUGCAAUGACUACUUUUUUAACUAUUUCACUCUUGGAGUGGACAUCCUGUUUGAUGCAAAUACACACAAAGUGAAGAAGUUUGUCCUGCAUACCAAUUACCCUGGGCAUUAUAAUUUUAACAUUUACCACCGCUGUGAGUUCAAGAUCCCACUAGCCAUAAAGAAAGAAAAUGCAGGCGGUCAGACUGAAAUAUGCACCACCUACAGCAAGUGGGACAGCAUCCAGGAGCUUCUGGGCCACCCUGUGGAGAAGCCUGUUGUCUUGCACAGGUCCUCAUCUCCAAAUAACACCAACCCGUUUGGCUCCACAUUCUGCUUUGGUCUUCAGCGGAUGAUCUUCGAGGUCAUGCAGAACAACCACAUUGCCUCAGUGACCCUGUAUGGCCCCCCUAGGCCUGGUGCCCACCUGAGAACAGCAGAGCUGCCCUAAGGACAUCACUAUGUUUCCCCCUGUCAAUGGAACUGUGCAUCA